AUGAGAAGUGAUACAUUGGAAAAUCCAUUUUUGGAGAUGAACGAGGAAAAUAAAAAAGUACAUUUAGUAAGUGAUGCGGACGGCUUUUUCUUACCAAAAACAUUUUAUCCUCCUUUAUGUGGCUACAGUAAAGCUGCACAUAAUAGAGUUGUCGGUGGAACAGAAGCUAAAGUAUAUUCAUGGCCAUGGAUUGCUGCUAUUGGUCAUAGUAAAUCCAAAAAAAUAAUUUUUUGCGGUGCGACUUUAAUAUCUAAAAGACACUUGAUAACAGCAGCCCAUUGCGUAGAAAAGGAUAUGUCUGAUGUCACGAUUCGGUUAGGUGAACAUAAUUAUGAAAAUAAGCUGGACGGAGUCAAGUCUAUUGAAGUUUCAGUUAAGACGGCUGUGCCUCAUCCAAAAUAUAACGAUAUCAGCAAACAAAACGAUAUUGCCGUGUUAACGCUCGAAAAAGAUGUUGAAUUUACGGAUUCCAUACAUCCGAUAUGUCUACCACUAGCCGAUGAUAUAAAAAAUCGUAAUUUCACGGGAACUCAUCCUUUUAUUGCAGGAUGGGGAGCUACAUACUACGGCGGACCGCAUAGUAACGUUCUUCGAGAAUCUCGAGUGCCAGUGCAAGAUAAUUCUAAAUGUGAUGAGGCUUAUCGUCAUAAAAAAGUAAUUGUUAAUAAAAGAAUGUUGUGUGCUGGAUAUCAGGAAGGUGGUAUAGAUGCCUGUCAGGGUGAUAGUGGAGGACCUCUAAUGUUUUCGUAUAACAUGAGCUACUAUUUAAUCGGUGUUGUUUCUACCGGAUUUCGGUGCGCUGUACCUGAAAACCCAGGAUUGUAUACGCGUGUCUCAGAGUUUUUCAACUUCAUAUUUUGUAAUAUGCAAUAA